AUGUGUGACGUUGUUUUGGUUGUAGAAGGAAAAAGUCUCCUUGCCCACAAACUCGUUCUAGCAUCAUGCUCUGAUUAUUUCUUUGAGAAGUUUAGUGAUGUAGAACAACUUUUGUCCUUGUUGAAGCGGAAUGAUCUGGUAGUUAAAAACGAAUAUACGGUAUUUGACCGUGUUCUCAGCUGGGUUGAGGUUGACAAACAGAGAAGAAUUGAAUACGCUUCAGAACUUCUUGACUGA